AUGGCAGCGGCGAUGGGAAAGCCAUUCAGAUCGAUACAGCCUCAACCCCAAAGCCACUCUAUGGCAUCAAGUUCAACCACACAGGAUGCCAACAAUGGUGUUAGGCAUGACAACAACCUCCUGCCCAUUGCCAACGUUGGGCGGAUCAUGAAGGAUGCCCUCCCUCCACAGGCCAAGAUUUCAAAGCAUGCUAAGGAGACCAUCCAGGAGUGUGCAACUGAGUUUGUGGGCUUCGUCACUGGCGAGGCCUCCGAGCGGUGCCGCCGAGAGCGGCGGAAGACCAUCAACGGUGAUGACAUCUGUCAUGCUAUGAGGAGCCUUGGCCUCGACCACUACGCCGACUCCAUGCACAGGUACCUGCAGAGGUAUCGCGAGACUGAGGAGCUAGCGGCAACACUCAACAACGGCGGCGGCGGCCGUGAUGGACGGGCCAUUCAGAUUGAUGUGAGGGCUGAGCUGUCCAUUUUCAAGGGCAGCAACCAGCAAGAUGGUAGAGACUAA